AAACAGAAACCAGUUACGACUAAAGUACGCGACAGUGACGUACAAAUCAGUCUCCGGUUUGUUCGGGUCAGUUCUCGGGGACAGCUAGCAUGGCCCUGACGGUAAUUCGGCUGCUUGUCCCGGGGGCAGCAGCUGCUCUGAAAGCGGGGAACCUCGUUCAGAAGGCGAGUUUCCACACCAGCUCAGUGAGAGGCCUGGAGUAUGGAUGGUUGGCUUACUUACUGGGUGAGAGGACAACCCCACGGUUAAAGAAGUACAGUAAAAUUAUCAGUGUGGAUGGAAACCUGGCAUCUGGAAAAGGAGCCCUGGCCCAGAAACUAGCAGACAAACUAGGGAUGCUGUACAUGCCUGAGGCUGACACCUUCUACAUGGACAAGAUGACUAAGGAGAAGGAGCCCCUCUCUGUUGACUUUAAUGGGAUGUGUAGCUUGGAGAAGUUCUACACCAACCCAAAAGCUGCAGACGGGAACAGUUACAGGCUGCAGCUAUGGAUGUACAAUGUGAGGGUGCUGCAGUAUAGUGAUGCCAUUGAACAUCUUCUCACUACAGGUCAAGGAGUAAUCCUGGAACGUUCCCCUUUCAGUGACAUGGUCUUCCUGGAUGCCAUGUUCAAGCAGGGCUACAUCAGGCAGGAGUGUGUUGAGCACUACAACGAGAUCAAACACAACAGCAUCUGUGAGUUCCUCCCUCCACACCUGGUCAUCUACCUGGACCUGCCGGCUGAGGAGGUGCAGAAGAAGCUCAGAGACAGUGGAAAGUCAUACCUGCAGAAUGUGCCCCUGCAGUAUCUGAAGAACAUCGAUGAUUCCUACAAGAAGUCUUUUCUUCCAGAGAUCAGAGAAACAUCUGAACUUCUCAUUUAUGAUGCGACCCAGGAUGUGGAUGCAGAGAAGGUGGCAGAGGACAUCGAGUACCUGAAGUUUGACAAAGGGCUGUGGCUGGAGCAGAAUGAUGUCACCUACCAUAACAUGAGGAUGCUGGUGCAGGACAAACAGGGCGUGUCAAACCUGACCAACAUACCCAAGUUCCUGCCCGAGAUCACCGUCGGAGGCCUCGACUUUGAUCAGAAGUACUACGCCUACAAAUCGCUGCCUGGGAAGAAGUACGCUCCAGGUUAUAAUGAAGAUGUUGGAGACAAAAACAUCUGGCUGAAGUGAAUCACCUCUAGUUUCCUGCCCACAUUUGGCUGGUCAGCUCUGUAAACUUGUCUUUCUGUUGUACAGUCUGAAUUAAACGAUUGUUAAAAACA